CCUCCCUUGGCUUCCAUUCCCUUCCCACCCAGCACAAGCAGCAGCAGCAGGGGAGGGGCGAGGAGUAGUCGCACGCGACCCCCACCCCCCGAUUAGACCGCCGCGACGACGACGACCUGCUCGACGGCGACCCCGCCGCGCCGCCGCCAAGCCUAAACCCCACCCGAUCCAUGGACCCGGCGCCCGCCGGGGCCCACAACCUCACCCCACCGGAGGCCGGCUGGCCGCCCGAGCUCCGCCUCCCGCCGCCCCCAGCGGAGCCGCCGCCGCCGCCACCUCAAGCUGCGGGGAUGGACGAUUCGCAGUUCCUCGGCUCGAUCAUGGGGCUGCCGCCACCGGAGGCGCCGCCGCGCCAGGAGGCGCCCGCGCCCCUCGGGCCCAAGAGGAGGGGGAGGCCGCCGAAGAACAAGGACGGAGCGGGAGCGGGCGCGGGCUCGGGGGCGGCUCUGGUGCCCGCGCCGCCCAAGCCCGCCAGGAGGAAGGAGGACGAGGAGGAGGUCGUAUGCUUCAUCUGCUUCGACGGGGGCAACCUCGUCGUCUGCGAUCGGAGGGGAUGCCCUAAGGUCUACCAUCCGGCUUGCAUCAAGCGCGACGAGGCCUUCUUCCAGUCCCGGAGCAAGUGGAACUGCGGUUGGCACAUAUGCAGCAGCUGUGAAAAGGCAGUGCACUAUAUGUGCUACACUUGUACAUACUCCCUCUGCAAAGUUUGCAUCAAGCAAGGUAAAUUCUUCAGUGUCAGGGGGACCAAGGGCUUCUGCGACACGUGUUUUGGGACUAUACUUUUGAUAGAAUCCAAAGAUGAAAGCGCUACAAAGGUUGAUUUUGAUGACAUACUCAGUUGGGAGUACCUUUUUAAGCUAUAUUGGCUAGAUCUGAAAGGGAAGCUUUCAUUGACAUUGGAAGAACUUACUAGUGCCAAGAACAGAUGGAAUGUUCCUAUCACUCCUGCUAGGAAAGAAAAAGAUGAGUCAUCUGAUGACCUAUACGACGUUAAUAAUGAUGAUGAUGCUGGUUCUGACUGCUCCUCAAGAAAACGAAGGCGAGCUAAUUCUUCAAGGAAAAAGGUUCGAAAACGGCGGAAGGUAGAUUCAGAUUGUAGCAUUGCUGCAAAACAGGUCGUGCUUCCAAUUGGAUAUGCUGGGAGCCUACCCACUGAAGUACCAAAUGAAAGGGCGCCCUUGCCAGUAGCCACAAAAGUACCAAAUGAACAGGUGCCCUUGCCAGUAGACUCGAAAGUACCAAAUGAACAGGUGCAAUUGCCGGUAGACAUGGAAGUAGAAAAAGAACAGGCGCCCUUGCCACUAGACACAAAAUGGGCGUCACCUGAGUUGUUGGAGUUCGUAGGACACAUGAGAGAUGGUGAUCAAUCUUUUAUUUCUCAAUUUGAUGUUCAGACCCUUCUGCUGGAAUAUAUUAAGAAGAAUAACCUUCGUGAUCCUAAGAGGAAAAGCCAAAUUGUUUGUGACACAAGACUUCACCGCUUGUUCAGGAAAUCACGUGUUGCUCACUUUGAGAUGUUAAAGCUUUUGGAAAUGCAUUUUCUCAUAAACGAGACUCCAAAAGUAAGUGAUAAAAGUGAAGUGACCAUCAAUCUAAAUUCGGCUCAAGUAGAUACCAAUGGAUACAGUGACAUGGCAGCAAAAUUGUCUCCUGAUAAGAGGAGAAGGAUGCAUAGAAAGGUGGAUAGAGAAGCACAAGUUAAUCUUGAGGCUUAUGCAGCUAUUGAUAUGCAUAAUAUAAAUUUAAUUUACAUGCGGCGCAGCCUGAUGGAGGACUUAAUUGAUGAUGCCACAUUCUCAGACAAAAUUUGUGGUGCUUUUGUGAGGAUAAAAAUUUCUGGUGUUGGUCAGAAACAAGAUAUAUAUCGUCUAGUAAAAGUUGUUGGGACACACAAGGUUCCAGAAAAGUACUGCAUUGGGAAGAAGAUGACGAAUUUUGCCCUUGAGAUAUUAAAUUUAGACAAAAAGGAGAUUAUCAAGAUGGAUACAAUAUCUAACCAGGAUUUUACAGAGGAGGAGUGCAAACGCUUAAGGCAGAGCAUGAAGUGUGGUCUAAUUAGCAGACUAAAAGUGGGGGAUAUUCAAGAGAAAGCCAAGAUCUUGCAGUCUGUAAGAGUGAAUGAUUGGUUUGAAAACGAAAAGGAGAGGCUGGGGCAUCUUCGUGACCGUGCAAGUGAAACAGGGCGCAGAAAAGAACUUAGAGAAUGUGUAGAAAAGCUGCAGCUUCUCAACAAUUCUGAGGAAAGAACUCGCAGGAUAAAUGAGGUUCUGGAAGUGCAUGUUGAGUCCCAUAUGGAUCCUGAUUAUGAAUCUGCCGAAGAAAUGGAUGACAAAAAAGCUGUUGGAAGGUCUGUAAAUCGGACAAGAUCAGAUACGUCCAUAUCACGAAGAAAAUCAAAAUAUCCAAACACUAUGCAAAACCAUCCACAAAAAGUUUCUGAUUCUAGCCACCAUCCAAAAAAAUUGUACUCGCAAAGUACAAUACAUGGAUCUGGAGCUGGAAGAAAGUUUGAGAACAACACUAUAGCAAACAGCUCUAUGUAUGAAGCUGGAUCACUUUCGUCGUCUGGAGUAACAAUGUCAAGUGACACGGAGCCAGAGAAAGUCUGGCACUACAAGGAUCCUGCUGGGAUUGUUCAGGGCCCAUUCACUCUUUUGCAGCUAUCAAAGUGGACAAGUUACUUCCCACGUGAUCUGAGAGUUUGGCUAACAUUUGAGAGUGAAGAGAGAUCAUUGCUGUUGACUGAAGUGCUUUCAAAACAGCAGAAAGAUUUUAAUCAAGCUGCAUCACUUACAAGUAGCAAGGUAACAUUGGCUGGCACUAGACAUACAAUGAACAGCCCAAGUGUGGAUCAGACCAAUGCUCUAUCCCCUGUUGGUUAUAGUGUGGCUGGUUCUUCUGGAAUAACUGUUCAGUCUAAUAAGUAUUAUGCUCCAGAAAGAGAGUGUGUGUACUCUCCAGAUGAUAGCUUGUCACUGUCAACUAGUUCGGUUCCACCCAAGGAUGUUCGUACUGUGAAUAGCCAAGCACAGUGCCAGACAAAACAUUCAGUUUUUAUUCAAUCUCCUGGGAAUUCAUAUGGGCAAACAGACUUGCACCAUAAUGGAAUACAUGGAGGAUGCUCUGGUGAAUCGAACCACCGUCACAGCAGCGCAGCCCUAUGGAGUCCAACCACAGCCCACAUGAGUGGUAGUGGACGUGGUAAUACGGAAUCUCAUCAGAAUCAACAUGUUUCAUGGUCGCAAUGUCAACAUGAUUCUAAAGGUAGUUCACAAUGUGGAUCUGUUAAAGAUCUGAAUUCAAGGCGGGAUCUAUCAAAAAAUCUACCUACUCAACGAGUCGGGAAAGAUGUCUCCAGUCCUGUGUUUGCUUGGAGUCCGUCCGAGUCCAGGACCGCUUCAAGUCAGCAUGAAGGCUCUUGCUUAAGUUCAACAACCAAUCCAAACUUUGUUGACGAACUUCAUUCUUCUAUUGCUUCUGCAAAGUCUAUGAGCUGUGCUCCAGCAACUCCUAUUGAAGACAGAGGUUCUAGUUCGCCAUCUGGCAUGCUGAGUCACUCAGAAAGUGUUCCAAUCUGCAGUCCACAUUCAGCCCCUUUGGCGUCUGCUUCCGAUAUUUGCAAGAUGGAUGAGAUCAUGAAUCAGCAAAGAACACUUGAAGCAGAUACAUCCAAUGCUUCAGUUAAUCAGUCUCCCCAAUCGAAGAUUUUCCAUGUGUCCUCUCCUGAUAACCAAGAUAUUGACCGUGAGGUUCCUAGUCCAGCUCCAAGAUCUGAGAAUAAGGAGCUUGCGGUUGACAACUCAGGGUUAACACCAGCAUCACCUGAAAAUGUUACUAGUACUAAUUCACCUGGUUCAAAUACAGGCAAGAUGGAGAAGAUUGUGAGUCGGAAAAAGGUACCUGAGGCGGUUGCAUCAAAUUCUUCAGAUAACCAUUCUCCUCAAUCAAAGGUUUCCCCUUCAUCUUCUCCUAAUAACAAAGAUCUGGAAUGUGAAUGUCCCAGUUCAUCCCCAAGGUCUGAGAAUAAGGUUCCUGCUACGGACAAUUCAGUUUUAACAUCAGCAGCUCCCGAAAAUCUAACGACAAUUUCCGAACCUGCUUCCGGUACAUGCAAAAUGGAGGGUUUUGUGAAUCAGCAAAAAACACUUGAGGUGGAUGCAUCAAAUAAUAACAAAGAUCUGGAAUGUGAAUGUCCCAGUUCAUCCCCAAGGUCUGAGAACAAGGUUCCUGCUAUGGACAUCUCACUUUUAACAUCAGCAGCUCCCGAAAAUCUAACAGCAACUUCUGAACCUGCUUCCGGUACGUGCAAAAUGGAGGGUUUUGCGGAUCAGCAAAAAACACUUGAGGUGGAUGCAUCAAAUAAUAACAAAGAUCUGGAAUGUGAAUGUCCCAGUUCAUCCCCAAGGUCUGAGAACAAGGUUCCUGCUAUGGAUAAUUCACCUUUAACAUCAGCAGCUUCUGAAAAUGUAAUGGCAACUUCUGCACCUGCUUCCGGUACAUGCAAAAUGGAGGGCUUUAUGAAUCAGCAAAAAACAGUUGACACGGAUGUAUCAAAUAAUAACAAAGAUCUGGAAUGUGAAUGUCCCAGUUCAUCCCCAAGGUCUGAGAAUAAGGUUCCUGCUUUGGACAAUUCACUUUUAACAUCAGCAGCUCCUGAAAAUCUAUCGGCAACUUCUGUUCCUGCCUCCGGUACAUGCAAAAUGGAGGACUUUGUGAAUCAGCAGAAAACACUUGACGCGGAUGCAUCAAAUGCUCCACUGUAUCAGCCUCCUCAUUCUCACAUUUUCCCUGUAACUAGUCCUGAUUAUCAAGAUAUUGGACGUGAAUCUCCUAGUUUUACUCCAAGAUCCGACAGUAAGGAACCUCUUGUGGACAACUCAAUGUUAACAUCAACAGCACCUGAAAACCUAACGACAGCUUCUGCAUCUGCUUCCGAUACAUGCGAAAUGGAGUUUGUGAAUCAGCAAAAAACACUUGAAACGGAUGCAUCAAAUGCUCCACUUAAUCAGCCUCCUCACACUCACAUUUUCCCUGUGUCUUCUCCUGAUGAUAAAGAUAUUGAGUGUGAAUCUCCUCGUCCAAAUCCAAUAUCUGGCAGUAAGGACCCUCUUGUGGACAAGUCAGUGUUAACAUCAGCAGGGCCUGAAAAUCUACCAACAACUUCUGCGCCUGCUUCCGGUACAUGCAAGGUGGAGGAGAUCUUGAAUAAGGAAAGAACACCUGAAGCAGAUGCAUCGAAUGUUUCACCUAAUCAGCCUCCUCACUCUAGCUUUUCAUGUCCUGAUAACCAAGAUAUGGAGUGUGAAUAUCCUCGUCCAACUCCAAGAUAUGAGAGCGAGCAGCCUGUCAUGGAUAACUCAGGGUUAACAUCAAUUGUGCCUGAAAAUUUAACUUCUGCAUCUACUCCCGAUAUAUGCAAGAUGGAGGAUAUUUUGAAUGAGAAAAGAACACUUGAAGCAAACCCGUCAAAUGGUUCAGUUAUUCAGUCUCCUCAAUCCAAGGUUUUCCCUGUAUCUUCUCCUAGUACAAAUCCUAAACCUGAGAUUAAGGAACCUGUUGUGGUCAGCUAUGUGUUAACAUCAGCAGCGUCUGAUAAUUUAACUGAGCAACAUAUGGACCCACCAGAUGCAUUUGUAUCACUCAAGUCUGAUCCACCAACUGGGGUUCCUAGACCUGAGCUUGAUGAACCUGUUGUUGUCAGCUCUGUGUUAACAUUAGCAGCACCUGAAAAUUUAACUAAGCAACAUGUGGACUCACCAGAUGCUUUUGUAUCACACAAGUCUGGUCCAUCAACUGGGGGAUUAGGUGCGAUGGAGUCAGAUUUUAAAUGUGAAGAAACUAUUCAAAAAGAACUAUACUGUCAAAGUGAAUCUACUGUUGUUACAAGAGGAAACAUGUUAAUUGAUCUUUCAUAUGGUGCUGAGUCGAUAGAUGUGUCGGAUGUCCUGGAAUCUUUAAUGGAAGAACAAAGGUGUGGGACUUCGUACAUGCAAGGAACAACUGAUUUGGAGGACUUCCUAGCCACUUCUGUCGAGGAAGAACCACAAUGCUCUAGCCCUAUUGCACUAUCUCCUUGGGGUGAACCUAGUUACUACCAAGGUGAUGCUGUUGAUUCUGCACUAUGGGGUGCCCAAGAUGAUCCAAUCAACAAUAUGUGGUCAUUGCUUUCACCAAGACCUACACUCCAGCCUUCAUCUGGUAUUGGAACUGAGGGGAAGGUAGCUUUUGGUAUCAAUGAGGUAGUUCUAGCCCAUGGUAAUAAUAAUGAAAUUGUUCGAGGAGGAUUAGUGCCAGGGGAGGACAAUGUGAACCAGGUGAACUUGGGUGCACCCACAGAUUGGGUAUUGCCCGAGCAGAUCCCAUCAAUACCAAAUGAUAUGUCAAUGUCGUCAGUAGAUGAGAGUACCGGAGUUGUAGGUUGGCAGCCAUCAGCCAAUCAGAACUUAAAUGAGGGUACUACAUGGAGCACUAGCCAGAAUCUCAACAUGUCCAGUAAUGAAAAAGCAGGGCCCUCAAGUAAAAAGACAUGGGAAGCACCAAGGAAGCAGGAAUCCACCGAUUCCAGUAUUUCUAGUUCAGGAGAGGUCAUUGGAAACACCCGAAAGGGCUUGAACCCACCUUCUGGUAAUGCUAAUCGGGGCAUCCAGCGGAAUCAUCACCGUGGCAGGUACUCUCAGAUCAGUGAGUCUUGGCUUCUUAGUUCAAAUCACUCUAGGAGUAGGUCUGAUAGAUUUGGCAGUGGUGGGUCAUCAAGAUCGACUUCAAAAGGGCACACUAGGGGCUAAUGUAAAUUUGACGAGGGAGGAAGGGUGCAUCUUGUAGCUACCUGCAUCCUUGAUCUCUGCAGCAGAAAUAGGUUUUAAAAUUCUUUGUCAUAUCUUUCCACUUUGUAUAGGCUAAUUACAAUGUAGUCAACAGAGCGUAAAUGACCAUCUCUGCUCCACUCAACUGUAGCAAGGAGUAUAUGUUUAGCAUAGAGGUAUGACCGAAUGUGCUUGCCCCAACAAGUAGAUUCAGCUUUUGGGCAGGGUCUGUAUCAUCUUGACACUGUUCGAUGGAACAGCAAUUGUACCACCACGAUCUCUUCACGUACUGAUACGCCCGAUGUGUUGGAAACAGUGAUGUCUGAUUGAUUGGUUUAGCUUCUGAUCUUUCUGUGUUACUGGAUGAUUUAACUUGCUGAUGAAGAACACAUUGUUCAAUA